GUCACUUAGCUCUUUCUCCCGCUGAAAAUAAUACGAACAACGCACCCGUCAAGUGUCAUUUUGCCCAAGUGUUCAGGCUUUUUGCUGACAAUGUUUCAGCAACCCGCCGAUCCCAACAUGCAUAUUAAUUACCCUUUGUCCUACCCAAGGCUUCACACCAUUGCAUGUUGAUGUUCGAGCCCGGCCGGGCUGUUCUCGUCCUCUUCUCGUUACGGUCUUCUUUUUGCUCUUGGCUACUGCCCUGCAUGUUGCUCUUUUCGGUUUCGAGACCUGUUGGCUGUUCAGCUCGACUUUGCUUUCCCUCGGGUCGAACAAUUGUUCCCACAAAGGCCACUUUCUUGAUAUUUUAACUUCAACUUUUCAUUCUAGGGGAUAAAACCCAACCGCGUCCAACGCGUGGCGUUUCGCCCACCAUGGCCAGCCACUACAACACGCCCGACCACAGUGGGCUCCAAGUAGUCCCACAGCAUCAUGAUGGUCUACAAGCAGUCAACGUUGAUGGAAUCGAGGUGGACUAUAGGACAGCAGAACGACCUUGGGACCACCCCUCUGACAAGAAUGGAAAGUUUCUGGUGCAGGACCACGGUGAAAAUGUAACAGGCACACCGGCAGCACCACCGACGCCGCAAAACAUCAUCUGCGGGCUACGCAAACGAACUUUUUACAUCGGCAUCGGCAUUCUAGGCUUGAUCGUGAUUGCAGCUGCAGUAGGAGGAGGUGUCGGGGGUUCCAUCGCCGCCCGGAAUGCUUCCCAGCCGCAGGAGCAACAGACGCCUCCAGCCCCGAGCCCAACGAACCGUCCCAAAACUAGCCCGCUGCUCCAAGAAUCAGCCUUGGCGGGACUAAACUGGAAAGACGCUUCCAACGACACCCACUUUCAGGUGUACUUUCAGUCGAGAGACGGGGCUAUUAUGGAGUCGGCUUGGAACUCGACGGGCAACCGGUGGACUGUGUCAAGGAUCACCGACCCUGGUGCCGACAUCAAGCCCGGUACCCCUCUGGCGGCCAGCGCGGGCUUCCCACACGUCAACACAACCUGGGACGUGGUCAAGAACGUUUACUUUACCGGCAGCGUCGGCAUCAUCGAGAGGCAAAGCCCUUUCAAAGAGGCCCGGGGCGUUUGGGGCAACGACAACCUAAGCGGCCAAUACACCUCCUCAAACCGGUCCCUUAUCCUGGCCUUCUGGGAUCAAAAUUUCAGCAAUCGGUCCCAGAACCUGGUCCUCCUGUACCAGACCCUCGGCGCCAACAGCCUCUCGGUCAGCAGAUACUUUAGCGACCGAACCAGCGAUCUGCCUUGGACAGUACAGCAGUUGAGCCUGUCCAUACUUGACGGCUCCCCCUUGGCCCUCGCCCGAAGCGGCAACCCGAGCACUCGGUCCGAUACCCGCCUGUACCUGGCCGACUCCAACGAGAAUCUGAUGCAAUGUCAGUUCGACUUUCAGACCGGGAACCUGGGUAGACUUUCGCCAACAGCCUUCAAGCUCCAGGCACAAGCCCCACUCGCCGUCAUCCCGCGCGACAACACCGGUUUCUACAACCGCGACACGCUACCCGAGUGUGCACGUUCCGCACCUUAUACGCACCUAAUCCUCUUUGCCUCGCUCGACCGCUCCUCCCUAUCCCUCGUGUCGUGGAACUGCUCCGGCGGCUUCGUCGAUCAGACCUCCAAGAUACGCCCCCUAUUGAUCGUUCCCGACCGGCCGAAAAGGACCUACUUGGGUCUGGCGGCGCCGCAGCCGGACGGCCUUGCCAACAACACGCCAUCUUCGGGGAGGGUGUACGUCCUGUUCGAUGCCGGAGACGGGCCCGAGGUUGAAGAGUGGGAGGCUCCACUCGGGGGAACUGAUGCCGCGUGGGAGGUUAUUGGGCCUGUGCCCGUUAGAUGAAUAGAUAUCUGCCAUGUUACACACCGUUAUCUGUCGCGUUUUUACUUGAUAUAUAUCCAAAGCUUGAUACCAAGAUACCAAUCUCAUAAUCUGUUAUUCGG